AAAUGUUGUUUAUUUUUUGACUGUUGAUACAAACGAUCUAGUAUGCCACACGAAAAUAAAACUAAUUAAACUGAAAAUUAAAUCAAAUCGAUACAACGAGAAAGGAAAAAAGUUCGCCUCACAAAGAGAAAACCAUUGCAAUUAUCGAAAAUGAUGGGACAAAGUUUUGUGUAUGAACGUUUGUGUUUUACGGUUGAAUGGUUCCAAGUAGAAGCGGGCCUAGCGCGGCUAUUCAUUCUCAAUUAUUUUCCAUACGAUAAAACCGUUGAAAUGUUUGACCGACAAAAGAAUAAAAUAUUUCUUAAGCGAGUCUGUGUGCCAGAUAUUGAUGAGAGGAACCUUUACAUCGGAGCUAAAUUGAAUGUGUUCGGCCGACAGGUCGUCAUCACAAAAUACGAAGACGAAUACACACGCAAAAAAUUGACAAGUCAACGACAAAAAGCAUUCGGAUUAAUCCCCACCAAAUACAUGUUAAAAUUGAGCGAAAUUUUCAAAAUUCUCUGCGAUAAUGAGUUUUCGAUCAUCAACUGUGCUAUGUUUGAAUUAUCGCGACAGCAAAGCAAUGAACUGACUGAUAUACUGGGUUUUGGCAUCAACGAUAUUUGGUGCUCGGGCCCUUCGAUUGCAUUUGUAGUGACCGGAUGUAAUGCAUUUCAUCGCUUAAAACAAUUGGUUGCAGGUCCCGAACGAUUAAUAAGUGAUGAAAGUGCAGCUGAUCUUCGUUAUGGAAGCGGUGCAAUGACUGAUGCAGUAUUUUACCCAAAUAAUUCCGAUGACAUCUCCAAAGUGUGUGACUUUUUCUUUUCCACUUCAUCAGGUGUUAUCAAAUCAAAUUUGUGCAAAUCAUUUGAAAAUUCCACAUUGUGCCUGAUAAAGCCGCAUGCCGUUCUCGAGGGAAAAUGUGGUGACAUUCUAUUGCACAUAAAAAACUGCGGUUUCGUGAUCAAAGCGAUGAAAAUGUUCAAUUUGUGUCGUCAAAACUGUGAGGAAUUCUAUGAGGUGUACAAUGGUGUGUCUCCCGAUUAUUUGGUAAGGAUCAAGCAAUAUUCAACCGAAGAACGAUUCCCGAAACUUGUUUCAUAUGUUAUGCAGCAAAUGGUGACCGAAUUAUCCAGUGGACCGUUCAUUGCCCUUGAAAUCGGAUGUUCCAACUCAAAUGAAUCGCCAUAUCAACCAUUUCGACAGCUAUGCGGCCCAUUUGAUCCGGAAAUUGCUCGUGAAAUCCGACCGAAAACAUUACGUGCAAUGUUCGGUGUGAGUCCGAUAAAAAAUGCCGUCCAUUGUACUGAUCUCGAAGAAGACUGUUUGCUUGAAGUGGAAUAUUUUUUCAAAAUUUUAUCACAAUAAAUGGAAUUUAUUGAAAACUCUUUCGCACAUGCAAUUAACUUACCUAUACAGGCUAAAUAAAAAUGAGAUUAUAAAUUAACAGCAAAAUGUUGUUAAAAAUUAUUUAAUUUUUGGAAAAUUGAAUUUCACUUCACAAUUUACGUUCCACAGGUGGAUUUACUUUAUUGAAGAAAUUACGUACAAACUUUGCGAUUUUUGAUUGAAACUAUAAUGGUUUUAACUUAAACGCUGAAAUAUAUUGUAAGUUAACUUGGACAAAUCUGUGAUGAUCUUGAAUCUAAUUCGAUUGAUUCUGUGGAUGAAAAAAAUGAAGAAAUUCAACUAAAGUUCACCGAUAGAUGCAAAAUCUUUCUGUAUACUUUUCAGUCAUUUAUAGUCUAAAAAAUUGUGGAAAAUCCAAAGCAAAUGAAGAACUAAAUGUGCAGGUAGACUGCACUUUUCCUUUUGAUAUUUAUUUAUUGGAA